AUGCAAAAUAUUCGUCGAAUGAUCCAACGAGAAGAAAAAGCACGUCUAAGUUCAAAAGAAAUUCUCGAAAAAUUAAUUAAAAAUGUUGCUCAAGAAAUUCGUCAGAAUAAACUCAAUCAAUUCAAUCAAACUAUUGAAAUUCUACAAACAUCAAAACAUCGACAAAGUUCUCUUGUUGAUCAACAAAUCGAACUUAUCAAAAAACUUAUUGAAGAAAGCAAAGUUUUAUCCGAUCGAGAUUUAAUAAAAAAAGAAAAUUCAGAUGAGCUUAUCGAUUGGACAGAUCUUAUUCAAACAAGAAUGAAUAAUGAAUAUACAAGUGAAUCUUGUCUGCAUGCUUGGCAACAAAUCUGUUUACCAAUGAUUUAUUACGAUCAAAAUUGGUCUUUACAAGAGGAUCAAUUACUCAGAAAUCUAGUCGAAACUCAUGGUUCAUAUGCUGAUAGUUGGAAUUUGAUUGCUUCGCAUUUCCCUCAACGUUCGGCAUAUUUAUGUGCAAAUCGUUUUAUGUUUUUGGAAAAUAAUCGUUUAAAUAAAAUAAAAUUUUCAAACGAUGAAAUCAAUCAAUUAAAACAAGUUAUUCAAAAAUAUCGAAAUAAAAAUUAUAUUCCAUUAAAUAAAGUUGCUUAUGAACUUGGUUGUAGUCUUUCAAGUGUUCAUCGUGAAUGGAGAAAUGUUGAUCCAAAUGUUCGACGAGGUCAGUGGAAUAGAGAUGAAGAUAAUAUUCUUCUUGAGAGUAUUUCCAAACAAUCGACUCAACGAAAAAUAAAUUGGAAUUUAGUUGCUUCCGAUGUUACGGGUCGUUCCAAAACAAAAUGUUUUCAACGAUAUCUUAUUUUAACAAAAAGAACAACAAACAAAUCAUUUCAACUUCUCGAUGAUCAGUUUGUACUCCAACAACAUCAAAUUAAAAAUGAUAAAAAGCAAAAAAAAUUUCCCUCAAUUUCAAAAGAAACUCAAACAGAUUAA